AUGAACGCUUCUGUAUACGAAAAUUAUUACAGACAGAUGGAUCCUAAUGGCACUGGCAAGAUUGCUGCCGUCGAUUUGGUGCCAACAUUAAAAAAAUCUAACUUAAAGGAGUCUGUCUUACAUCAGAUAUGGGAACUUGGCGAUUCCUCAAAAGAUGGUUACCUAAAUAAGAAAUCUUUCUGUAUUGUACUUAAGCUCAUUGCAUUAGCUCAGUGCGGUCGAGAUUUUUCACUUUCUAAUGUAAAUUUUCCAGCUCCGCCACCCGAUUUAGAUAAUCCUACUUUUUAUAAUCAGUACAGUAAUUGUACCAACCCUACUGUACCUGGUAUUGGUUUAAAUCGAAAAGCAUUGUCUGGUUCCUUGGAUAAUAUAUCUUGGGGAAUAAGUAUUUUUUUAAAAUCUAAACUUCCACAGGAUACUUUAAGUCUGAUAUGGGAUACGUGCGAUUUUGAAAAAGAUGGUACUUUAGAUAAAGAAGAAUUUAUUUUGGCUAUGUAUUUUAUUUCGAAUGCGGUGAAAGAUAAACCAAUUCCCAAACGAUUACCACAAGAACUUAUACCUCCAUCUAAACGAAGCAGCCAUCAUGGAAAAAUUGCAACCACAGACAAUUCUACAGUAGACUGGGUUGUAAGCAAGAGCGAUAAGGAGAAAUAUGAUGAAUAUUUCCGAAAUAUAAAUCCAGAUAUAACUAGUGAACUUAAAGCGGAAGAUGUUCGCGAUGUCUUUCUCAUGUCUGGCCUUUCUCAGCAGGUUUUAGGUAGCAUCUGGAAUUUGUGUGAUAUCAAUCAUACCGGGAAACUAAAUAGUGAACAAUUUGCAUUAGCUUUAUACCUAAUACAACAAAAGAUAAACGGCAUCGAACUACCCCUAACGCUUUCAGCAAAUAUGGUACCUCCGUCAAUGAGACUUGAUAAAUCGGUCGAAAAGCCUGCAUCGGCGUUUGAUUCGUCUGCUUUUAAGGAAUUUGAUUCACUGAAUCGAAAUAUCCAACAGCUUAUAAGCGAUAAAACGAAAUUACAGAAAGAAAUUGGAGAUACGGAGAGUUCAAUUAGGCAAAUUACUACUCAGAUUGAAGAUUUUACGACUGAAUCUCAAAAAUUAAGCGUAGAAUGUGUUGAAUUAGCAGCUAGAAAAGAAGAAAUCCAAAAGGAGCUUGCUGAUUUAGAAGCUAAAAAAAUUAAGCAGGAAAAUAUCGUUAAAGAUAUUUGCGAAAAAUACGAAAAGGAACAACUAGAGAUAACAAAAAUGAAACAGCAAUUGCAGAUGCAAGACAAAACGGUCAAAGAACAAGAAGAAGAGCUGGCGAGAGCUCGAUCAGAAUUAAAUAAUUUGCGUAAUACUGAAUCUAGACUAGAUGCAGAGAUUGAAAAUGCUCGAAAUAAGUUAGACAGUCUUGUAAAAGAAAUCAAGGAUAUCAAUGCCGAAAUUAAAGUGUUGACUAAUAAAUCGCAGUCAUCCGCUGAUGCUAAAACAGAACUAAUUGAAAGUAUUAAACGAUAUGGUGGUGAAAGUAAUGAAAUAGAGUUGGAUUUCAACACUACUGCUAGUAUCGAUAGUGCUGUAUCUUUAACAGAAUUUCCUAGUGAAACUUUGGAUAAUAAGUCUACUAGCACAAACAACUUUUCUUCUGAUGCUUUUGAAACAAAAUUCAAUAACAAUGCAUUUUCAUCAGAUGCGUUCUCUACCAAAUCAGAUCAGAAUGCAUUUAAGGCUAAUUUUGAUAAUAACAAUACAUUUUCUUCCGACGCUUUCGGCGAUUUUAAGGCAGAUUUUGAAAAUCAGAAUAACCAAGCGAUUAGCAAUACUGAUACCGCUAAGAAUAAUGUCGAUAGUGCGGAUGAUAUAGAUCCGUUUAGCACCCAAGAUCCUUUUGCAUCUGAUCCAUUCAAGACUGAUGAUGUAUUAGCCGACCCAUUCGCGGAGGGUGAUCCGUUCUCGGAAACGGCUGCAGAUCCCUUCAGUGAACCGAUCUCAAGUAACACUGAUGAUGCCUUCAAAUCUAAAACUUUGAACGACUCAGAUCCAUUUGGUGACAAAAACGCAAAAACAUCCACUACGACUGGAUUUGAUAAAUUUGAUGCGUUUGCAGAUUUUGAAGGUAGUAAGUCAACCGAUAAGGCCUUCGAAAGCCAAAAUCAAGCUAACAGCAGUACUGCCUUCACUGCCUUUGGAGAUGAUCCAUUUCAAACGAACAUUACUGCUACCAGUAACAUUAAUAACUUAGAUCCAUUUGAUACCAAGAAAUCUGAUGAUCUUUUCGCUAGUGGUAGCAAUGAUAAUACAAGCAAAAAGUCUCCACCUCCUCGACCACCUCCACCAAAAGUUAAAGGUAAAAGCAAGCAAGAUGACCCGUUUGGGGCUUUUUUCUCCAAUGAUGAUCCAUUUGCAAGCAAGUCUAGCGGUAGUGCGCUUUCUUCAAAUGAUCCGUUCGCACCCAAGUCUACUAGCGACACUGGAAAUAAUAACAGUGCAGGGCAAGUAAUUAGCCGUAACCUAGAUAAUGUAGAUCCGACGUAUGCUAAUUUUGGGAAUACACCGACACAGUUCAGUACUUUUUCAGAAGCGGAUCAGUUAGAUUGGGCGAAAAAAGAUAGCAAACGUUUAGAAAGUGAGCGAAAACAACAAGAGGAAACGGAAGACUUAGAAUUGCAAAAAGCCAUCAAAGCAUCAUUAGCGAUAUCUUGA